AUGGAUGGUGAUGGUGAGAUGGUGGUCCAUGACAGGUGGUGGCUGAAGACGAUGCCAAAACCCACCUUCCAAGAUUCCCCCUACAACUCAUCCCCUUCUGUUUCUGUUUUUUUCUGCGGCUUUUUGGCCUUAAUCUUGCGAAUUACGAGUUCCACAAUAAUGGGGUUUGAAGAAAAGAAGGAAGGAGAGAAGAGUGGACACGAAGAGAGUGGUGAUGAGAAAGAAAGUCAUGGUAAUAUGAAGAGGGUCGAAAGUGAGCCCUCUUUGUGUGAAACAGAGGAUGAAGGUGAAGAUGCCGAAGGUAAUAAAAUUCAAUUGGGUCCUCAAUGCACCCUCAAAGAACAAUUUGAAAAAGAUAAGGAUGAUGAGAGCUUGAGGAAAUGGAAGGAACAACUUCUUGGAAAUGUUGAUAUUAAUGAUGUUGGAGAAUCACUAGAACCAGAAGUGAAGAUUCUCAGCCUUUCGAUCGUGUCACCAGGGAGAUCAGACAUUGUUCUUCCGAUACCUGAAAACGGGAAGCCAGAAGGCCGAUGGUUUACUCUAAAAGAAGGGUGUCGUUAUAGCCUCAGGUUCUCCUUUCAAGUCAGCCAUAACAUUGUUUUAGGCCUCAAAUACACCAACUUUGUUUGGAAAACCGGUGUCAAAGUGGAUAGCACAAGACAAAUGCUUGGAACGUUUAGUCCUCAAAAUGACGCCUAUACUUAUGAGAUGCCUGAAGAGACUACUCCUUCUGGAUAUUUUGCUAGAGGAUCAUAUUCUGCUAAAUCUAAGUUUGUGGACGAUGACAACAAGUGCUACUUGGAGAUCAGCUAUUCGUUUGACAUCCGAAAGGACUGGGCAACUGUUGAAUAGACAAAAGAGAAAAGACUUCUAUUUUCAAGAGUCAUAGUAAGACAUUAGAAAAACUCAAAAAAAAAAAAAAAAAAUUACAAAGUUUGGAUUCGAUAGUUUCAUAUCUGGGCAAAU